GUCGCGAUGGAGCCCGGGGCAUGGCCUAAGGGGAGACGGAGAAGGAGAUGGUUUUCCGUACAAGAGCAGACCUGGCCCCCUCCCAAGAACUGGAUGCAAAACACUAAAAGAGACCCCCCCGGCCGCCCUCCUCCUUCCCUUGUUCCUGUGGCUGGGGGGGUACCCCCUCCCUCCUCACCAUGGAGCCAUCUCCUCUCUCUCCCAGCGGGGCAGCCCUCCCCUUGCCCCUAUCGCUGGCGCCGCCCCCACUGCCCCUACCAGCAGCUGCAGUGGUACACGUGUCCUUUCCUGAGGUGACCAGUGCCCUCUUGGAGUCCCUCAAUCAGCAGCGGCUUCAGGGACAGCUCUGUGAUGUGUCUAUCCGCGUGCAGGGCCGGGAGUUCCGGGCUCAUCGCGCGGUCCUCGCUGCCUCCUCCCCAUACUUCCACGACCAGGUCCUACUCAAGGGCAUGACCUCAAUCUCGCUGCCCAACGUCAUGGACCCAGGCGCCUUUGAGACUGUCCUGGCCUCAGCUUACACUGGCCGCCUCAGCAUGGCUGCUGCAGACAUCGUCAACUUCCUCACGGUGGGGUCUGUGCUCCAAAUGUGGCACAUCGUGGACAAGUGCACCGAGCUCCUCCGUGAAGGCCGGGCCUUGGCCACUACCACCGUCACCUCUCCUGCAGCCACCUCGGUCACUGUCCCUGUUGCUGGGGGCUCGGCAGGGAGUGGGGGCACCGUGGCACCAGCCACCAUAGGCUCCAUGCGCUCCCAUGCCUCCAGCCGUGCUAGUGAGAACCAGUCCCCCAGCAGCAGCAACUACUUUAGUCCCCGCGAGUCCACUGAUUUCUCAUCUUCUUCUCAAGAGGCCUUUACAGCUUCUGCAGUGGGCAGUGGGGAACGGCGUGGAGGUGGCCCUGUAUUUCCAGCCCCUGUGGUUGGCAGUGGGGGAGCCACAUCUGGGAAGCUGCUACUGGAGGCUGAUGAGCUGUGUGAUGAUGGUGGGGAUGGCAGGGGGGCAGUGGUCCCUGGGGCUGGGCUCCGGCGUCCCACUUAUAACCCACCCAGCAUUAUGCCACAGAAACACUGGGUAUAUGUGAAGCGGGGUAGAAACUGCCCAGCACCGGCACCCCUAGUUCCCCAAGACCCAGAUCUGGAGGAGGAUGAGGAGGAGGAAGACCUGGUGUUGACCUGUGAGGAUGAUGAAGAUGAAGAGCUAGGGAGUGGCUCAGCAGUCCCAGCUGGGGGAGGACCUGAGGCUACCCUUAGCAUAAGUGAUGUUAGGACCCUGUCUGAGCCUCCAGACAAGGGGGAGGAGCAGGUGAACUUCUGUGAAUCUUCAAAUGACUUUGGCUCCUAUGAUGGUGGGGGUCCUGGGGCAGGCCUGGAUGAUUCAGAGGGGCCAACCCCCUCCUCCUACACCCCCUCCCAUCCUCCUCGACCCCUGCUUCCCCUGGACAUGCAGGGCAACCAGAUCCUGGUCUUCCCAUCCUCCUCUUCCACCUCCUCCUCCUCCUCCCAGGCUCCAGGUCAGCCACCAGGGAACCAGGCUGAGCAUGGGGCAGUGACCCUGGGUGGCACGGCAGGGAACCUGGGUGUGCCAGGGAGUGCUGGCGGGGCUCCUGGGGGGGCAGGUGGUGGAGAUGGGAAUAAGAUCUUUCUGUGCCACUGCGGGAAGGCCUUCUCGCACAAGAGCAUGCGAGACCGGCAUGUGAACAUGCACCUCAACCUGCGGCCCUUUGACUGCCCCGUGUGCAACAAGAAGUUCAAGAUGAAGCACCACCUGACUGAGCACAUGAAGACACACACAGGCCUCAAGCCCUACGAGUGCAGUGUCUGCGCCAAGAAGUUUAUGUGGCGCGACAGCUUCAUGCGCCACCGGGGACACUGUGAGCGCCGGCACCGCUUGGGCGGGGCCGGGGUGCCCACUGGGCCUGCGGCGCCCACUGGGCCCACAGUGCUGCCCAAGCGAGAGUCCCCAGGAGCUGGCCGGGGCAGCGGUGACGAGGCCAGUGGAGUCACGCCCCCACCUAGCCGAAGGGUCUGGUCCCCACCCAGCCUCCACAAAGUGGAAAUGGGCUUCAGUGGGGGCGGAGGGGCAAAUUGAAGGGACAGAGCAACUGGGGGUAGCUUUGGGGGAAGAGGGAAUAGGGAACACAACACAAGCCAGGGGCAUUAUGGCCCCGGAGGAGUGAUCUCCCAUCACACUUAUUGUCUUCCUUAUCUCUCUGGACUUGUAUAUACUUGAGAGGAGGAACCAAGUUGCACCAUCAACAGCCCAUUCCAUUCCUCAGCCCCCACCCACCUCAGUCCCGCAGGGGAAGGAAUCCCUGGAACUAAGCCCUUCCUUUCCUCAGAUGGAUACACUGAAGCCCCAGCUCCACGGAGCAGGGCAUAGGUGGAAGAGGGGAGGGGGAAAUGUCGAGCAUCCUGGAAUCACAGGGUCAAGAGUCAGAUGGUUGUAGUCUGUGCCUAAAGUCUGUGUUUGUGUUGUUGUGGGGACCAGGCCUUUGAGCCCCACCCUUGUCCUAGAAUUUAUCCCUCCUCACUUCCAGGAUACUCCCUUAUUUCUAUCCUACUCCUAGUCCUCCCCCUCCCCCCAUCUCCCCAACUCGGUUCUCAGGGGGGGAGGGGGUGGAGACAAGGAGGGAGCAAGUCAUAGGAGUACAAGGAUUUUAUUUUAAUUUUCUUAAACGGUGAUUAAAAUAUUUAUUGGUCAUUUCA